UGGAAGAGUCUUGCUGGAGAAGGAAACCCCAAGUUAAGAUUUCCCUUCUCACAAUGAAGACUACUACCAUGUCUUCAUCUACUUCUUCGACGAUAUCGAUUCCUACGCAAUCAUCAAACUAUGAAGAUGAAAUGUUUAUGAACAAGAAUUUGCUUCUCUCGGAUAGUGUCAAGGACUUGAGAAAUUUGAGAUCACAAUUGUACUCAGCGGCCGAGUAUUUUGAAGCAGCUUAUCCUAAUGACAAACAGAAACCAAUAUUGGUCAGCAACUUGAAAGAUUAUACUAUUAAAGCUCUUGUUAAUACCGUCGAUCAUUUGGGCUCAUUAACAAAUAGAGUGAACCUUCUUGUUGAUGAGAAAGUUGAUGAAGUUUCGGCGACACAAUUACGAGUCUCUUGCAUUGAGCAGAGAUUAAGAACAUGUCAAGCGUACAUUGAUCAUGAGGGAUUUGCUCAGCAGUCCUUAGCGAUAGCGACUCCAAAGCAUCAUAAGCGGUAUAUCUUGCCAGUUGGGGAAUCUGUUUUCUCUGCUGGGCAUACUAUAUCAGCUUAUCAAGGGAGUGGCUUAGGAGAUGAAGAUAAUUGGGAUAAGCUGAAGAAUGCUGUUCGAACGACAUUCAGAAAUGCUCCACCAUCUUCACUUGGAAAUGUGUAUACUCCUAUCACCACUAAACCGACACAUCAAGGACAGGCACAAGAAGAUGAAGAAAAUUGGAAAAAGUUGAACAACUCUGUUCAAGUUGCAGUAAAAAAUGCCGAACCUUCUUUAGUCAGAAGUACACGUUCUCCAUCACCUACAAGUAAAACACCACAACCUCCAGGGCACAAUCAUGAAAAACUGAAUAAUGUUGUUCGAGGGACACUCAAAACCCAACCAUCUUCGAUCGGAAAAGGACGUUCACCGUCUCCUACAUUGCUUUCUAUGCAACACGGUCUGUUUUCUUUCAGAGAUAAGCAAAAAGUGUCUGAUAAAGAACCAGACUCACCUCGCUCUAAAUUUCCACUCUUACGUUCUGGAUCUACCUCCGCUAGAUCGAGCCCAAAGAUUUUGAGUAGAUCUACAACUCCUAUCCCGGGUAGAUCGAUGACUCCUAUCCUGAGUAGAUCAACAACUACUAAAAUCCCUUCUGGUAAUACAAGCAAACGGUAUCCUGCGGACCCUCCGAAGUCAUUUAUAACACGUGCCUAUGCUGAUACGGACAAUCAAAAAGCCAGUGCUGAUAAGGACAACCACAGAUAUAUUGAGCAGCAUCAAAGUAAAAGCAAGCGCAUACUCAAAAACUUGCUCAGUCGACGCAAGUCAAAGAAGGCCGAUUUGUAUACCUUCUUGGAUGAAUAUUAAAAGGAACAGAAGUUCUAAACUGACAGCGGCAAAAACGCUGCCAAGUCCCAUCCCGAUUGGUCCAUGACGGCGAAAAUAUGUUCAUUUUUUAUUUGUCAGUGUCCAAUGUUUUUGAGGUGCUUUAGAAUCCGUCUGUCUAAAAGUGUUCUGAGAGGACAGUCAAGUGAAGCAUCUAAGUAGAUACCUUAAGAGGACAGUCAGUGAAGCAUCAAAGUAGAUAGCUUGUCUAUAGAUUUUCUUUUAUCCUUGUUUUAAUACCCAAAUUGUACUUAACAUGUAGCUUUCUUUCGGCACAAUGCCCUGACAAGUUUGGCUUUUGU